AUGCGCAAUUUGUAUAAUUACAAUUUGCCAUCCGUAACAAUCGCCCCAAUGCCAAUAGCGCUCAAACCAAAACCAACACAAACACCAACAAAAACCACACUAGCAAAGCCAAUGGAUGAAAGCACAAAAAGCUCGCAUGCUCAAGCCGCACGGGAGACGAGCCCGAUUGCCAGCAAACAGAUGAACACAUUGACUCAGCUGCCCAAAUGUGAUGAGAAGCAACAGCAACAGCAACAACAACAAUACCAAUAUCACUUACAACAAUCACAACAACAGCAGCAGCAGCACCAACAACAGCAACAACAACACUACCUCUAUACUGAGUACCAGCAAUGGCGGCAUGGUGACUCAGUACAACAAAUGCAACAACCACAUUCUCGCCAAGACGACGCAUUCCAUUUGCAGAAUCUCAUCAAACAACGACAAAUAAUGACCUUGUACGACUACUACAUGUACCAACGGCACCCGUCGCCACCGAUGCCGACGCAGGCCAAAGCGUUAGGUUCGGGUCUCGACUUGCGUGCCGAGUACGGACGAGUGGCUCGACUAUAGCGACAAAAAACGUAGAUCUAGAAAAUUACAAAAACAAUAUAACAAUAACAUUAAAGCAAUGCCAUAACGUAGUGAUAACUGUAAACCUUAGAAGUUAGCGACAUACAUACAUUGACAACUGCAGAAAAGUAUAGAUUAGCGAAGAAUUCACAAUUUAAGCAUUAGCAAUUAUAUAUACAUACACACACAUAUGGAUAUACAUAUAAGGAAGUUAGCAUAAUUUUUCAUAUAAGAUUCUCAACUCAGCUCUCUAGCAAUUUAAAACGAUAACUGCUCAACUAUUUACAAUAUCUACAUACAUACAGACAUACGUGUAUAUGUUGGAAGCACAAAUCAUUUUUUAGGUUAGGUGUACAAUAUUAGAUGCAUACUUGUAGGAGCUCAAGCAUAUACAAACGCAUAUACACAUAGGUUUACUUGCAACAUGCAUACAAACAACUGUAUAUAGCUGCAAACCUUUAUAUUUACGCAGCAUAUAAUUAGAAACCGCAUACGUACUCGUUCUACAUCGCACGACUUUUUCGUGCGGGACUUUUUAUCUAAAUGACCACCGUAUCUCACAACUACCCACUGUGGCCUUCUAUUGUGUCUACCACACGCACACGCACGCGCACGCAUUCGGAGCGUGUAUGUGUGCGUGCAUAUAAACUCCUUAAUGUAGUCAAUUCGAACUAGAAACCUUUUUACGGCAUUUAUAGUAAUGCCCUUUACACAUUUUUAUAACUUAUGUAUCUCAACGGAACUAUACCGGUGACAACGGACUUGUCGAACUCACUAGCCUUAGCUUACUGCAAACUGAACUAAAAACAUAAAAAACUAGUAUUUAAUUAUAAAAAAUGCAAAAUGGAUCGGCGCCACAUUGAAGCCUACACGCAGCGACACAAAAGACUCGAGCUACGAACUUCGUUGGGCGACGCGGAGACCUGUCGGCUCAGAGCAGAAUGUGUGUGCAUCGGCGGAGCAACAGCGCGAGCAGUCUCUGGUGUGCUCGGCAAAGAGUAUUUAUCAAAAACCUUAACGGCGUAAAAAGAAAUUACAAAAUUGAUUCCCUGACCCAACCCCUUCAAAACAGACAUCCAAACCGUGAAACCGUGAGCACUUUUGGCCCUGGAGCGAUGAGCCCAAAGUACUAAAGCAAUUAGUGGCUUAUGACAACUCUACAAAUAAGCAGCCUAACGAGGUUUUGGGUCAACCAUGCCAAAUUGUGAUUGAUUGAAGAUACCAACGUCAAGGUGCACACACAGCCAUCCGCUCAGCAGCCACGUCACCAACUAGUUCGGCCUCAUCGCCACCUUCACCGCCUACAGCCCUCACCUCGCCGUCGCCCUCUUCACUGAGCUCGCUAGCAUGCAACGGCGGCGUUGGUGUUGG